AUGCCUCAGCAGCUUACCUUUGUCAUAACCGACGGUUCUGGAAGAAUCAGAUCAUCCGAACGACAGUUGAUACGACAACGUUGUAUGCAACAAAAGAACAAGCAGCCAGAUUCCCGUCGAUCGAAGCGCGAAGCUGCUCGAGCAGCGGCCAAACCCCCACCCGAAUGUAGUAUAGGGAAUCAGGUGGGAACUCAUUCCACCGACGGAGCAUCUGCUCGGAACACAGUUCAGCCGCCCUCCGCCUCCGUGAGCGGGGAGCAAAGAGGACUCUUCAUCAGGCAAUGCAUACUCCCGUCGCCGUCUGACUGGGCACUAUUCCCCUUUCCAGAAGGACUGGAACCUUCUGCUCAGAAAUUGAUGCACGAGUAUUUUAUUCACAACCCAAUCAGGGACUCACUCUACCCAUUCAAGCACUUCGGUAUUAAUAUCGACUUUGACGAUGACCCGUUUCUGUGUUUUCGAUUACUUUGCUCCGAGAAGCUAUGUUUUCGAGCCAUUCUACUAUUAACCACGGCCUCCAAUGACUUGGUGUUGCAGCGACCGCUAUCUGGCGAAACAUACCAGCAUCUCCGGCGUGUUUUGCCGCUUCUAAACCGUCGACUUUCAGAGAAAGAGGCAUAUCAGAAUGAUAUCAUACUCUAUGUUGUCGGCAUUCUGGCUUCGAUUGCAGUUCUCUUUGGCGACUAUCACGCUGCGCAGAAGCAUGCCGUGGGUCUAUCAGAGAUUAUGCGGUUGCGUGGUGGCUGGGUGGCCGUAAACAACAAUCCUGCCAUCCAACUGUCGAUGGAUAGGUUAAACUUUUACAAUUCGCUCGCAACAAACCUGUGGACGCCAAUCUAUGGCAAAUCCGCCUGGGAGGCGCCUGUCUUCCCUAUCGAAGUGGUGGAUUUUCAUCAAUCACAGAAUAUGUUGUGCGUGGAUGGACUCGUUGAUUCGAAUCUAGCGGCCGUAUUCAUGUACGUCCAACACACCACAAUUCUCUUCAACACGCACUAUCACAGUAAAACUCCAAUGAAUGGGGCAUUUGUCCGGCAGUGCCUGGGUUUCGUGCACUCGAGUCUCAUAGAGCUCGAGGGCUCUCUCACAGACGAACUAUCCAAGCACAUUCGUCUCGGGAUGCUUGUCUAUCUAGCAACAACUUUUCGUAUCCCUGGCUGUGACGAGCAGUACUAUUGCAGAAGCCUGGCCACAAAGAUGCAGUUGGCGUACACUGCUGCCAGAUCUUUGAUUCCGGUCCCCGAUGGAGCACUGGAUAUCUGGUUGAUGUUUAUGGUACAGAUAUGCAUUGGUCCAACAUCCAAGCAGCAAGGGCCGGAUUGGGACGUAUCAAAAAUAUCCGGGUUAGGCUGGGACGAGACACGGAGAGGCUUGCAGCAAGUCAUGUGGAUUGAUGCAUUUCAUGACGACUUAGGGAGGAGGGCAUUUGAGAAGCUCACCAAGCCUAGAUGA